CAAGGACACCGAGGACAACCAACGAGCUUCUAUUUUGAUAAACAUUUGGCAUCAUGGCCUUUGUUGUCAAAUUCAAAACAAAAUCGCAUGGCUUCGAUUUCGAUUACUAAUUAGACGUUAUUGAAAAAAGUUCGCAAAGCCUUUGGAUAAUUUGUAUGCUUUUAAUUGAUGAUUUUCUUGUCUGUCAUUGAAAGGCACACUCACUGGGUCACCAUUUCGAUUGAAGGAGCGGUCAAUUUCGACAACAAAGGGGGUUUAUCUCGUGAUCGCUCCACCUUGCAUGUAAGCCCUUUCCCAACCAUAACAUUGCUAGUGCUACUUCAAUCUGAUAAGGUCUCAAACCAGUCCUCGAUUAGCAAUGCGCAAAAGCGCUUGGCAUUACUUACUAUGCAAGGUGUGUAAAUUGGUGUGCAUGCAGGAUGAACGUGGUCUUUAGGGAGGGUUGGCGGUAGGCUCAGCUUUAAUGCAAAGGUCUAGCUGUGAUUUAGGAGGCUUUGUAACCUGAAUUAGUUGAUGAAUUUUCUAUCGAUCCUAAACAAGCCUAGAUUCAUCUCUGACAGCCUUCCGCUGCGCACAGCACACGCCAGGGUAUUCUCUCACCGUUAUUAGCGAGUGCAUUUAAGAGCUUUGGCAAGCACGAACACACGGCAGCAUUACUUUUCUCUUGCACUUGAUUUUAAAAGCUCCAGCAGGAAAGAAAAACAAGAUAUCACCUAUUUAGUUUGACUGCUGUCGUGCCCACAUGGGCUAAGGCGCAACAUGUCGUUCUUGUCUGUAUUGUUUAACGAAUAUGGGAGGUGAGGGGGCUAUAGUAUGCUCUAGACCGUUUAUAAACGUGGUGGUAUUUCAAUCUGGCAUGGCUGUUUUGGGUUGUUAUUGUUUUGAUUCGCUUGCUUGCUUAUGUCUCGCGUGCCAAUGUGUAAAAAGUAUGCAACAUUCGAAUGCCACAAAGUAUGCCCAGAUGAUGUGCGGGGUCUGUUAUGCCUAUAUCCCAUUUCCUUAUCCGGGAAGAGUCAGGCUCCACGCCAUUGGCUCCCGCUGUCACAUGGAUUCUUAACUUUGUUCACUUGACAGAAAGUAGGAGGGUUCAGCGAUACAGGGAAACCAGUUAAGGGAUAGAUAUAAAUUUUAGUAUAUUUUGUGUGCAAUUCAAAGAAAUUAAUGGCCAUGAGUUCCUAUUUGAUCAACUCCAACUAUGUGGAUCCCAAGUUUCCACCGUGCGAGGAAUAUUCACAGAAUGACUACCUACCCAGCCACUCUCCGGACUAUUAUAGCGCCCAGAGGCAAGAGCCAGCGUUUCAGCAUGAGUCGAUCUACCACCAGCGGUCGGGCUGCGCCGACCCGUCUUACACUCCGUGCCAGGGUCCGGGGCAGCCCGCGGUGGUGAUGUCUCCUCGGGGUCACGUCCUUCCCCCAACCGGACAUUCAACCUCUCUCCCGGAGCCAAACCAUCAUUGCGACUCGGUAACUCCGAGCCCUCCACCCGCUUGUGGACAGAAUCUUCUUAACCAAAGCACUUCUUCGGCUAGCUCUCGCAAGGAUCCCGUGGUUUACCCCUGGAUGAAGAAAGUCCACGUAAACAUUGUGAGUCCAAAUUACUCAGGGGGUGAACCCAAACGCUCACGGACAGCCUACACGCGACAGCAGGUCUUGGAGCUCGAAAAGGAGUUCCACUACAACCGCUACCUGACCCGGAGACGGAGGGUGGAGAUUGCUCACACUCUCUGUCUGUCUGAGCGCCAAAUCAAAAUCUGGUUUCAGAACCGACGGAUGAAAUGGAAGAAAGACCACAAGCUACCCAACACAAAGAUUCGGUCCAACAGUUCCUCGUCGAACAACACAACAAACUCGCAAAACAGCAGCCAUGCGCUAGAGAGCUCUCAGAACCGAAGCAGUGGACCUCCGCCGAGCCUAUAGCCCACCCCAUCUAUCACGAUACUCCAGUACCACCACUACCCAACCACCUAUACCAUGCACUUUGGAAACCUUUGUUUCUGGGGGGAAGCAUGGACGUUUCUUCAUGCUCCCCCAUCUAUUCAAUUACAGGGAUGUUUCAAGAAGGGUAAACGAGAGGGAGGUUAAAAACAGGAGAGGUUCAGAUAAAAAAAAAAAUAGAAACGGGGAGAAGACUCAAAUGUAAACACUUCUCCUGACCCUUUUUUGCCACCCCUCCCUCUCUUUCUCUCUUUCUCUCUCUGUCUCUCUGUCUCUCUGUCUCUCUCUCUCUCUCUCUUUCUCUCUCUCUUUCUCUCCCUCCCACCAUUAGAACAGAAGGCGGCAGAUAGUUUUCAGAUUUGGUGAAGAUGGAUCCGUGUUUCAUCUUUAAUCAUGCCAAACUCGGCCCCAUUUGUCAUGUUUACUCUGCGGUACAAAGGAUGAACCGUGGGCCUGCCCAUUACCUCGACGUCCAACGUUGUGAUUAAUAAAUGAGGCCAUGCUUCGUCAAGAGCCGUUUUCGUACUCCUCUCCCAGACCCUUUAUUCUAAAAUACACCCGAAUAUAUUCUCCAAAUAUGAAGGUUUUUUUUUGGAAAAUAUAGCUGUGUAUGAGUUUUCUAUGUUUAUUCAACGCUAUAUGCUAGAAAGACUGACAACGAUUGUGAGGUCCGUUGCUGGUUCAUUUAUACAGGGACUCGUCUUCUCUUUGUUUCUUAAGCUGAGACAGGGUGUGGAACAAAAGGUAAAUCAUGGUAUUUCACAAAAGAACGUUAACUAUGGUUAAUGAUGAAGCUGGACUUAUAGAAGCAUACACAGUAUGAACCAAAAUCCUGGUACAAACCUAAGCAUUAUAAACACAGCACUACCUUUCUUGAAUUACCUCAGUUGUACUUAUAUGUUUAUCUUCUAGCCUUGUUUUGUGAAGUGGCAGGUUUGAGCUUAUUUGAAUUGCGUGGCAAGAACUUGCAAGUACACGUAUUCAUUUAUUUUAAGUAAAAUGUAAUUUAAGCAAUUGUUGGCCAGGGUUGUAAAGAGAAAAAGGUGCGUAUAUUGCAUGACUGAAUACGAUUUAAUUUUAUCUUUUGCUCUCUGUUAUUCUUUCUUUGCACAUAAAAAUGCGCACAUCCCCUCUCUCCUAAUUUCCCAUCUCACUCUUUCCUCUCACCCUGAACCAUUGCAUAGGCAGUUUUAUUUGUGUCUCUUUUAUUUACAUUCCAAAGAUCAGUCUUGUUGCUGAUAAUGUCAAAAUUGUAUUUUUUCCUUCUCUAUUUGUAUGUUGCUCCUAAUCUGCUUAUUCUUAUCAGUGUCUACCUUAUUAUUUGUAAAUAGAUAUAGAAAUUUAAAUAAAUGGCUGAAAAAGCAUAUUUCUAUUCUUCUUUUGUCCUGUCCCUCUGCGCUCUCUGCAACACAGCCUACUGGAAUACGGCUGUGUCUUUCUCUUCAAACCAGCUCUUCUAAUAUUAAGGGAUGUAUUCAAAAAAACAGAAAUUAUUCAAUUUAAUUUCACCCU